AUGAGGCUGGAAUUGAAGUCGGAACAUGGGUUUGAGAAGGCGAGUUUGGUACAGUUAUGGAGAUUUUUGAUAGGACCAGGAAAUGAUUCAAAUAGAUGUGUCAAACAAGAUUCGUCUUUCUUAUAUGGGGUUAAUGGUGGGAGGAAGAUGAAUAUGAAGAUGGAGAAAUGCAAAAACAGCCCUCCAUCUGUUCUUUUAAUUCCUCUGAUGGAGCUUACUUUGACAAAUGAUACAACUAAUCUGAGUUACUGGUUGACAUGGAACUUCUUACUAUGUGCAACAUGGGUCUUUAUUUCCAUGGUUAUAGCAUCAUAUCUAAUUUGGAAAUACGAAGGGUCAACUAAUACAGAUAAUUAUAAAGAGCAGCUGGAACUUCGGAUGUUGCCACUCAUGGGACUGAUUUAUUUUUCUAUUAUACUCAGUGGACUUUGUCUUUGGUUACCUUAUAUUUUGCGUUUGGAUCAGUGCUCUCGGCUUAUGGAUGUUUGA